AUGAGAGAGAGCAAGAUCGACUGGACGUCGGUACUGGGACAGGCGUUUGGGCGUUGGAUUAUGGUGGUUGGCGUCGACCUGAGCCCAAUUCAACCCGACUUCUUCGAAGUCGACGAUAUCGAGAAAGCAUGGACUUGGUCGGAGCCUUUUGACUUCAUCUUCUUUAGGAAUAUGAUCGGAAGCUUUACCAGCUGGCCGGAUAUGAUCGCCAAAGCCUACGAGAAUCUUGAAUCAGGCGGCUACCUGGAGCUUCAGGACAACAUGUUCCCACUUAAAUGUCAAGAUGGCACUAUGCCAGACGACUUUAUACCCUUUAAGUGGUCGAAGCUGCUCAUCGAGGGGACUGAUAACAUUGGUCGGUCUAUUACCGUUGCUGCUAGCUUCAAGAAAAUGCUUGAGGAUGCAGGAUUUGUCGACGUCGAGGAGCGGAGGGCGAUAUGGCCUUUUAAUCCAUGGCCAAAGGACAAGAAGCUCAAUGAAACAGGCGCAUGGAGUCAGGCGUCUACUUUGAUGGGAGUUGAAGGCAUAUCGAUGGCGCUUCUUACUCGGGUGCUUGGCUGGUCCUCAGAAGAGGCGACUGUGUUUUGCGCUGAGGUCAGAAGUGCGCACAAGAAGAUAGGAGUCCACGCCUACUAUGAUGUGUGA